ACGAAACGAAACGUCACUUUAGUCGCUAAACCGAGCCAAGCUCCGUGAUUUCGUUGAUUUCUUUAUUGUUUUAGCUUUUCAGCACCGGCAUUAGCAUUUUAUCGCUUAUAAUAAGUAACGUCGACCUUUUCAACAGAACGGACAAUUUUAUUAAUCAAAGUUACUAGAAAAACCUAACAAAAUUGCUUCCACAAUGACAGUGACGCGGGUCGCGGAAUCCCGCACCGAAUUUAAACUAAAAAGUCUGCCCGAAGACGUGAUAUCGAGUGUUAAAUUUGCUCCCAAGUCCAACCAAUUUCUUCUGGUGUCAUCUUGGGACUGCUCCGUGAGGUUGUACGAUGUGAGCGGGAACGUGGAGCGGCAUAAAUACAACCAUGAGCUUCCCGUGUUGGAUGUCUGCUUUAGGGAUGCUGUCCACUCAUACAGUGGAGGGCUCGACCAGACACUCAAGAUGUAUGACCUUAAUGCAGGCUCGGAAACGAGCCUCGGUGAGCACAAGGGUGCUAUCCGCUGUGUGGAGUAUGCAAAUGAAGUCAAUGCCGUCUUGACGGGGAGUUGGGACGGCACUGUUAAAAUGUGGGACAGCAGAGUACCAAAUUGUGUUGGAACAUAUAAUCAAGGAAAUGAGAGGGUAUACACCAUGAGCAUAGUUGGCGAGAAGUUUGUAGUGGGCACGUCUGGCCGCAAGAUCUUCGUCUGGGAUGUCCGCAAUAUGGGGCACGUGAAUCAGCGGCGUGAAUCCUCGCUCAAGUACCAGACGAGGUGCAUCCGAGUCUUUCCUAACAAACAGGGUUACGUGCUGAGCUCUAUUGAGGGUCGAGUGGCGGUGGAAUACCUGGACAGCAACCCAGAGGUCCAGAAGAAGAAAUACGCCUUUAAGUGUCACCGGAUCAAGGAUGGAGGUUUAGAAAAGAUUUACCCGGUGAACGCCAUCAGCUUCCACUCCGUGUACAACACAUUCGCGACGGGCGGCUCUGACGGCUAUGUCAACAUCUGGGACGGCUUCAACAAGAAGAGGCUAUGUCAAUUCCACAGGUACAACACCGCGGUAUCUUCCCUCUCGUUCUCGGCGGACGGGUCGGCGCUGGCCAUCGCGUGCUCGCAGCUCGACGAGUCGCAGCAGGAGGACCCCAAGCCCGAGGACACCAUCUACAUCCGAUACGUCACCGACCAGGAGACCAAGCCCAAAUGAGUACCGAUUAGUUCAAGCCCGACAGAGUACAACUAGUUUACGUUUUACAAAUGCCUGUUCGUGUCAGUGUAUUGAUUUAACCCCUACGGAUCCGUGCGUGGGAAUUUAAAUGUUAAGGUCACUUUUUCAAUGAUCAAAUUUGACAGGCCCCAUGCCGCAUACGAGGGGUUAACUCUCUGAGCAACAUACUACAGACAAUAUAGGCUAUCUGGGAUCUGGUUGUAAUACUAAUAAAGUUCGGUAACUUCAUUCAUCUUUUCAGUUCCCUGUGUGAAUGAUACCGAUAGUAAAGAAUUUAGUACAUACACCCGCCUGUUCCUAUCUCUAUUAGGCUUGUGCCUGCUCGUUCACUACAGAUGCAGAGAGCGUUCCGCUCUCGGUCAAUCGGUCAAAAGAACUAGUUCGGUCUUUUAGGUCCUUUAGUUCAGUUUGGUUAUUGAGAGCCGGGAAUGAAUAGGAAUCUGUUUUACAUUCGAUUUUUUUCUAAUCUUUGGUAACUGAAUAUGAUUCAAGUUGUACGAUAUGAUGUGUCGUUUUCAAGCAAAAGGUACCACAUUGUCGCUUGGCAUAGACGCUCUGACAGGUUUUUCGUAUAAAGAUACAAGCAAUUUUCGUCCUUAUGGUGAGCGACAAUGUGGCCCUUUGAUUGAAAACGUUACAUAUGUCGAUAUUAAACUUAAAACACCUUAACACAAUAUAAAAAAAACAGUAUAUAAGUAGAAAAAUUAUUUGAUUUUCCUUCAUACUUUUCGGGCUUUGGCGUGUCACGUCGUUCUUUCAUCUCGUUUGCACUUGUGCCAGCUACAUUGUGAACCAUUUCAUUCCGUCCGUUUUCUGUUUCACUCAGUCAAGCGCUCUCCAAUCCCACUGAACUAUAGGACCUAAAGACCGAUUAAAAGCCUGCAAAAAAUUUAAUUCCUUGCGGUUCUUCACUGGAUUUCAUUCUUAACAGUUCUUAGUUCAUAACAUCAUGACCGAAGCAUCAAAAUCCGUUGCGUAGUUUUAAAGAUCUAAGCAUACAUAGGGAUAGACAGCGGAAAGCGACUUUGUUUUAUACUAUGUAGUGAAAACCUUUUAAAACACUUAAAAUAAAUACUAAAAGGAACCUACGUUUUUUGGUUUUUUAUAACAAGAGAUUUUU